AUGCAAAACUCAGAAGGUGUUUCUAUCAACAACAACGCAAAGAAUCUGCAAUGUUCGUGUGAAAUGGAACUUUGGCUCGGUAAAAAUCCGUCUUCCGGAGUCGCUAGUCUUAGAUUGGGGACGCGCGAUACUUGAAGCUGUACGUGGCAGGGCUGAGGCUUCUUACGAAUCUCAUCAUUGUUCACCGACUGUUCAUUAUCGACCCACUACUC